AUGCACAAAGGACUACUGCUCGCCGCCACCCUGGGCGGCUUGGCAGCCGCGGACGAGACAUGGACCAUCAACGCCAAUUCUAACUGGGGCACAUGGGAAGGCUGGGGUGUUUCUCUGGCUUGGUGGGCAAAAGCCUUUGGCAACCGUGACGAUCUGGCCAGCAUUCUUUACAGCCUGGGCAACACCACCUUCAACUCGAAAAGCAUUCCCGGGCUUGGCUUCAAUAUUGCUCGGUACAAUGCCGGAGCCUGCAGCAGCAACACGUACGACAGUACUACCAUGUCCGUGCCGUCUACCAUGAAGAAGUCACGUCAAAUUGAUGGGUAUUGGUGGGACUGGGCGUCCACGGACCCAACCUCGUCUAGCUGGCACUGGGAUGUUGAUGCCAACCAGAGGGCUGCGCUCACCAAGGCCAAGGCCAAUGGAGCCAAUCGCUUCGAGCUUUUCAGCAACUCGCCCAUGUGGUGGAUGCUCACUAAUAAGAACCCUGCUGGAAGUAAUGAUGGAUCCUCGGACAACCUGCAGACCUGGAACCAGGGUGACCACGCGCUAUACCUCGCCCAAGUCGCCGCACGAGCAAAGAACAACUGGGGGAUCACUUUCGAGAGCGUCGAGCCAUUCAACGAGCCAAUCUCUACCUGGUGGAACGGCAAGACAGGAACACAGGAGGGUUGCCAUUUCAGCGUUGCCGCUCAAGCCGCCGUUAUCCCCUUGAUGCGCUCACAGCUCGACGCCGUGGGUCUGACAUCCGCGUUGGUGGCUGCAUCGGACGAGAACAGCUACGACGGUGCCGUGUCGACGUUCAAAGGUCUGGGCUCGACUGCCGUUGGCAAACUCGGUCGUGUCAACGUCCAUGGCUACCAGAAGGGCAGUGGCGAUCGUAGCGGGCUGUACACUCUGGCCACGAACGCAGGGAAGAAGAUCUGGAACAGCGAGUAUGGUGAAAAUGACGCUACCGGAGCGCAACUGGUCUCGAACCUUAUUCUUGAUUUCCGCUGGCUCCACCCUACCGCGUGGGUCUACUGGCAGGCGAUCGAUGGGGGAGGAUGGGGCCUCAUCAACGGCGAUAAUGACGCUGUCACGCUCAGCAAUGUGGAACAGAAGUACUACGCCCUCGCCCAAUUCAGUCGCCACAUUCGAGACGGUAUGCGCAUCCUUGACGGUGGCUCCGACCAUGUCGUCGCGGCAUAUGACGCGGCGAAUUCGAAGCUCGUCAUCGUGGCGGUCAACUGGGGCGCCGCGCAGUACAUCAACUUCGACCUGUCUGGUUUCUCUACUGCUGGAAAGGACGGGCAGACGAUCCCGCGGUGGUCAACAGUGGUCGCCAGCGGUGGUGCGCAAUACGUGUCUUCGCCAGCUGAUACUAAGCAGAGCGGCACCAAGUUUUGGUCGUACUUCAACACCAACCAGGUGCAAACCUUCGAGGUUUCUAACGUCAAGAUCUGA